GAUCCGUCGAGGAGUGCGGUCGUGUCGCGCUCCUGUGCUUGUGAAGUGUCGUGAAUAUUUGUGAUAAAAUGCCGUGCAGUGAAGAUGAUGACUCCCAAACCGGGUUCUCUGAACCCACCCAAGGAAUGUCCAAAGCUGAAUUGCGAAAGACUAACAAACCGAUUAUGGAGAAGAAGCGGCGCGCGCGCAUCAACAACUGCCUGAACGAGCUGAAAGAUUUGCUCAUAGACGGAUCCGAUAAAGAUCCGUCGCGCCACUCGAAGCUAGAGAAGGCAGAUAUCCUGGAGCUAACUGUGAAGCAUCUGCAGAAGCUGCAGCGCCAGCAGCUCGCGGCAGCCAUCGCAGCAGACCCCGCCGUGCUGCACCGGUUCAAGUCAGGCUUCAGCGACUGUGCCGUGGAAGUGAGGAGAUACCUCUCACGGCUAGCCAGCGUACCCACAGGCCUCAGACAUCGGCUCGGAAACCAUCUCACCUCCUGCAUCGGAGGCAUGGAAACCCUUCAGCCUCGAGACUACGCACCACUCGUGCCAGACCCUCUAAGAUUGGACGACGAAAGACCCAGUGCAUUCCACUUUGUCAGGUCUACCAGACCUACCAGCCCUCCUCUCAGUCCCCUAUCGUGUGACUCCGCCUGCGACUCCUCCACUGAACUCGAAACACCGCCGCGACCUGUGCAAACAUUCCCGUUCCCCACACCGCCCAGCCGCUCCGCCUCCGACCAGGACUCCAGCCCAGAAACACAGAAGCCAACAGUAUCCUCCACCACGAUAUCUCCAGAAAGCAGGCAUGAUGCGUUACGUAACAAGAAAUAUAUGGAGCCGUUAUCAAUUGUCAUAGACGUAGAAAAUUAUAAAAUUGGUAUCGACGCAUCUCCAAAGCGGGCUGUGGACUACUCCAUCAGACACAAGUUAAAACGGCCUGUAGUGGACUUGACAGGACCUGCUCCAAAAAUACUGAAAAUAGAUGACAAAGUCGUUCCAGAUAUCUAUAGAACUCCAGAGAAAUCUGCUUUUACGCGGGUCCCAGAGAGGGUGCCACCGUUUCCUCACAAAAAGCUGACGCUACCGGAGAGCAUUCCGUGCGCCAGUGAGAGGCCGGUGGAGGUCCGGCCAGUACCUCCUCGAACUGUGAUAAGCCACACUGCGGCGUCACUCGCGCAGUCCUCACACGUAGAACCAGUGCAACUGUGUGUUCCUAAGGAAGCCAAACCGGAGGCAGACACUAGUUCUAGGUCACCGAAACAAGGUGCGUCUACUAGCACAGAAAUGUGGAGACCCUGGUGAUCACAGCUUUAUGGAACAUUACAAAAUUAAAUAUUUAUAAUAAUGAGAUCUUAUUAUCAGAGACGAAUAAGGAAAUUAUCGAUCGCAGCGCCAGCAUCCGAUGUUUACUUAUACAAAAUAUGAAAAUAGCAUUUUAUCAAAGAAACUGCUUUCAAAAAUUGAUCUUGAAAACUGUUGAGAGGAUUUUUUAGAAUUUUAAAUGUAUAUUUUUGGAUUUAUUGUUAAAAUUAUUUAGAUUUAGGUAAAGAGGGACCUAGGAGUACCUAUGUCCCUCUCAGUGCCUCUAUAGCUUUAAGUACGUACCUGUUGGUAUUACAU